GGAGACGCAGCGCAAUUUAUGCGCUUUUAGGAAAAACAGAAUGACCUACUGCUUUGUGGAUGAAACUCGAAGCACGAAUGGGUUGCUACAAUUCUCAGUGGAGACAUGAGAACAUGAUGACUUUCAGAAAUCCUCCUUCUCAUAAACACUUGACAGGUUACAUGCGCGUGAGGAACCGGAGGGAAAACUGGUUGGCGGUGAUUCUGCUGAGAGUGUCGAGACGGGACUUUGGAUUCUGUCUCACAGCGCUCUUUAUAUUCUGCCUGGGAUCUGUGUUAUAUCAGCUGAACGGAGGCGCACCAAACAUACUGCUAAAUGUUGGUAAUUACCUCGGGAGAUUUGCUGAUGGACCAGUAGCUCCCAGAGCCUUACCUUUCCCAAGUCAGGUUGUUUACAACAGAGUCGGUAAAUGUGGAAGUCGCUCUAUUGUUUUGUUGUUGCGUAUGUUGGCCGACAGACAUCAGUUCACCCUCAUUUCUUCAGAUAUUCACAACAAGACCAGACUCACAAAACGUGAGCAGGUGAAUCUGAUGAGAAACAUCAGCACAACUCCUCAGCCAUUUCUCUACACUCGACAUGUACACUUUCUCAAUUUUAGCAGGUUCAGAAUAGAUGAGCCUGUGUACAUCAACAUCAUCAGAGAUCCAAUCAACCGAUUCUUAUCCAAUUAUUUCUUCCGGCGGUUUGGUGACUGGCGAGGAGAAGAGAAUCAUGUUGUUCGGACGCCCGGGAUGAAGGAAGACGAGAGAUAUUUAGACAUUAACACAUGCAUCUUGGAAAGCUAUCCAGAAUGCUCGAAUCCAAGAUUGUUCUACAUUAUUCCGUAUUUCUGUGGGCAGCAUCCUCAGUGCAGAGAGCCGAGUUUAUGGGCACUAGAGACGGCUAAACGCAAUGUUCUAGAACAUUAUCUGCUAGUGGGAGUGUUGGAGGAACUGGAGGAUGUCUUACUUUUGUUGGAGAGACUCCUUCCACACUUCUUUUCAGACGUCUACAACAUCUACAAAAGUCCAGAAUAUAGGAAGCUGGGCAACAUGACGGGCACCAUCCGCAAACACUCCCCAAAUCUAGAGGCCUUGCAGGUGCUUUAUCAGCGCAUGGAAUACGAGUACAAAUUCUACAACUUUGUCAAAGCGCAGUUCCACCUCACCAAGAGAAAGAUUGGUCUGAGAACAGGCCCACAACCCUCCAGACUUUACACCAGCACGAUUCAGAGGAAAGACCUACAGGAAGAGCUGGAAAUAGAGGAACCAGAGGAUUCACUCACCUGGGUGGAAUCCUGAGAGAUGCUAGAAGACCAAAUCCACACUAAUGAAAACGCAUCUCUCAUCCACACUGGAACAGCAUUUUCCUCCACCGAAAGCAAAGACUUGUGAAAAUGUUCUCUAGUACUGCAUACUUUGGAAAAACGAUGACUUUUGGAAUGUGGAAACUUUUGGAUUGGAUGUGACCAAAUAUAGUGGAGAGUGGGGGUAAGAUGAACCGGUGGGUAACCGUACAUAUUUUUUGUCAUGUGACCUUGUAAGCAGGACGUAUCCAUCAUUUCUAUCUGGCUGUGAUAACGAGAAGCACAUGGGAAAUUAGGGAAGUGUGUUUUUAUACAAAAAAAAGUGUUUUUUUGCUGGCCAAAUAUUUUUUUUUUUUACAUUUGAGGUUUACUGAUUGAUGUGCCACAGCAAAUUUAUUCAGAUAUGAAAUCAUGCAUGGGGGUGUAUGUCUAGUGUAUAAAUACCCAUGAUUUGAUUAGCACAAUAUUAGCCCUGAAGCACUAAGCUAGGUGCUUUUUUCCAAAAUUGUCACUAUGGGGCAAAAUGAACUGAACAGUCUGUGGAAAGUUGAGCCACUGGUUUUUACUAAAAACAAAUUUGUUGUAAAAACUAAAUGUUCUGUUUAUAAUGUUUGCAAUCAAAAGAGGACCUAAAGGAGUAUUUCUUUUUUCCGCCAAAGAUUUACUGCUAUAAGUUUGUAUAGAAUAUGUGAUCUUAGCUUUCCUACAGAGUCUGUUUCACCAUAAAACUGGACAAAGCUCGAAAAAACUGUCGCUGGUGUUCAUCUGUACCAAGAUUAUAAUUGCACUGUAUUGACAUUCUUCAUUCUUAAACUGUAAAAUUAUUUACUUUAUAAUGACCUGAUAGUCUUCUUGUAAAUUCUUUGAACAAUUCUAACUUAGUGUCACAUAGCAAAUGUGAAUCUGCUGUCAGACUAAGAAUUUCAUAUAAAUGAAGUACUCUCAAAAGUCUGAAUUUCUAUUGUUUAAAUAUAAAUAUAAAAAUAUGUGAAAAGGGUGUCAUUUCUGCAACGCUAGUGGCACCAAAUGGAAUUGCACAACUGAGAUGUUUUCAUCCACGUUUUGCGUUGUUUCGCACACAGUGCAUGAGUACGUGCAGACUGUCCCUAAACUCAUGACAGAAGUUAGCGUUGGGCCUCUCAAACAAUUCACGUCAAUUUUAUUUGUAUAGCACUUUGUCACAAUACACAUCGUUUUAAAGCAGCUUUACAGAAGCUUAAUGUCUUUGUAUCCUAUCCACUGAAAAGCUUUAUAGAAAAUCAUGCUUUAUUAUCUUUAAGCUUAUCUUUAUUAAAACUUCAUAAGAUGAAUCAGAAUCAGACUCAGCUUUAUGAAAAAUGUAUAUAUGCUGAUAUUAUUUUUGUAUAGUAUGUAUAAUACAAGUGAUGUAGUCAUUGAAUAGAUUUCAGUGAUCUGAUUUUUCAACAUGACAGUAAGGCAGUUUUUAAUACUGUAAUGAUAACAAUUAAAUUGUGAGUAAAUAAUACAUUGGUGGCGAAAUGAAAUUAUAGGAACGGAAAUUUAUUUUGGAUGCAAAACAAUGUCAUUUGUCUCUUACUAAGUUUAAAGUGCCAUUUGUUCAUUAGUAUACAUACUUGCAGAAAUACAAUGGUUCAAAUCUAGCAGCAUAAAUCAUUGUAA